AUGCACCAGGACAAUUGUGGGUCCACAGUUUCCAUGGCAACCCUGGUAAAGGAAUACGGUCUUCAUGUUAAUGAUCCGCAAGCAGAAUACCAUGAGCAAGCAGAAUCAAGGGCGCCCGCAGCAGUACGCACGUUACGCAAACGCAGUAAGUCAGUUCUGAGAGCAAUUGUAGAUUUAAUAGCGGUUUGUGGUAAACAAAACGUUUCAAUCAGGGGUCACACUGACGAGCGCAGCAACGUCAGAGAUUUUUUAGAGUACCUAGCAAAAGAAGAUGAGGCACUGACAAGGCACUUGCAGCAAGCACCGGCAACGCGAAACGAGAGUGCUGACAUUAGCUGCACAAAACAAGUGUCCCUUAUUCUAAGAUAUGUGGAUCAGUCACCAUCAGGGCAGUUCUCUGUGCGAGAGGACUUAGUGGCUUUUAUUUCAACAAGUGAUACAACAGGUGAAACGCUUACCAUCCUGCUUCUGAACCACCUGCAGCAGUCCAAUUUGAACCCCUCCAACCUGGUCGGACAAGCCUACGAUGAUGCUGGAAAUAUGAGUGGCAAAAUACGUGGAGUGCAGGCCCGCAUCAGAGAGAAAUACCUCUCAGCAGCAUAUGUGCACUGCAGAAACCACUCACUAAACCUUGCAAUUACACACUCAACGAGAAUCCCUUUAGUUCGCAAUACACUGAAUUCCGUUCAAGAGAUCGUGGCUUUUGUGACUGCAUCUCCAAAACGAAUGCAGUGUUUUUUGGAUAAAAGUGACACAAAGCAGCGUCUGCAGAAGUUUUCUGACACCCGCUGGUCUCAGCAUGAUGCGUGCCUCUCCACUGUCAUCAUGAACUAUGAAAACGUGUUUGCCACCAUCGAUCAUUUAAAAACAGACACAGACCACAAGUGUAGUGACACCGCUGUACCCAUAGCCAGAGCAAUGGAGUCAUUUGAGUUUCUAUCUAUUAUUGUGUGCCAAGGGUUACUGCAGUAUCUCACUCCACUCAGCAAUGCUCUUCAGAACCCGUCUUGCGAUCUCGUGAAAGGCAGUCAACAAGCCAGCAAUUUAGUUUCUCUGCUUGAGGACAAAAGGACAGACAGCACCUAUACCAACCUGUGGGGAAAUGCCUGUGCACUGGCUGAAAAGAUGGAAAUAACUGUCUCAAUGCCUCGUAUUGCAAGACUUCAAACACAGAGGUCGAAUGUCCCAGCUGUAAUGCCACAAGAAUACUGGCGCUUGAAUCUAUUUCUUCCAUGUUUGGAUCAUCUAACCACACAGUUGAAUGAUCGAGUGUGCAGUUCUUUGCCUCGACUUAAAGGCCAAUAUCUUCUCCCCAACAAGUUGCCAAUGCUGACCCAAGCAAUGUGGCGUGAGACGAAAGAGGAGUAUGAGGCUAUGAUGCCCCGUGUACAAACAGCUGAUGUGGAGCUGGAGCUCUGGAGGCAUUGCAAUACUGACAAGAGCAGCAGUGAAACAUGUGAAAUAUUAGAGGACACAGUGAUACUGUACCCUAACAUCCACAACAUCUUAAAAGAACUGCUUACCAUGCUUACCAGCUGUUUGAGGCGCUUGAAAACUUACCUGCGCAGCACCAUGUCAGACACGACUCACUGGACUAGCACUGAUGAACAUUCACCACAAUGUAGCGAUCGACAGUGA